CAGCCUCAGCUGCUCUGGGCACCCUGUGCCAGGGCCUGCCCACCCUGUCAGGGAACAAUCCCUUCCUAACAAUGAUUUUGUGGAUUGUUGAUUUGAUCAAUGAUCCUCAGGAUAAUUACAAUCGGGGUGGCCGACCAGUGCCCAGGGGCUGGGGUUAGGGUUAAUGAUUUUGUGGAUUAGUAAUGAUUUCGGAUUGUUGAUUUGAUCAACGAUCCUCAGGAUAAUUACAAUCGGGAUGGUCGAUCAGUGCCCAGGGGCUGGGUUCGGGUGGCAGAGGGGACCCGGCAGCUUGAGGGGGCUGCUGAGGGACAAUGUUCACCUGCCUCGGAUAAAGCUCUCCGACACCCAGGAUGCCCCGGAUCCCUGGCUGUGCCCAUCUCCUGCCCAGCUCUUCACAGCCCGGCCCAGGGGGUGCCCAAGGAGAGGAAAACCACUCGGCAUGCAAAUGCUGGAAAAGCAGGAAACGCCUCACCGAGUGUUAACUGCUGUUAAUGGUUAAUGCGCCGGCAAUUUAAACCUCCCCAGCUGCAGAGGGACUGAUGCUGCUGCUGAGGGGUGCAGAGGGAAGGAUCGGCACCCCCAGCCCUGGCAGCACGGGGGGCUUCGGGCUCGCCCCGCCCGGGGCUGCGGCUCCUCUUGCCAGCGCGGGGCUCGAGCCGAGUCAGGCCGAGCCUGAGCACGGGCACGCCAUGUCCGAGCUCAACGAGAGCAGCUUCGACCCCAUCACCUUCGUGCUGACGGGCAUCCCGGGCAUGGAGGAGUCCCACAUCUGGAUCUCCGUCCCCUUCUGCCUGAUGUACCUCACGGCCGUGCUCAGCAACCUGCUGCUCCUCUUCCUCAUCGCCACGGACCGCAGCCUCCACGAGCCCAUGUACCUGUUCCUGGCCAUGCUGGCUCUCUCCGACCUCCUGCUGUCCACCACCACCGUGCCCAAAAUGCUGGCCAUCUUCUGGUUCAGCGCCAGGGAGAUCUCCUUCGACGCCUGCGUCACGCAGAUGUUCUUCACCCACUUCAGCUUCAUCGUGGAGUCCUCGGUGCUGCUGGCCAUGGCCUUCGACCGCUACGUGGCCGUGUGCGCGCCGCUGCGCUACGCGGCCAUCCUGACGCCCUCGGCCAUCGCCAAGGUGGCGGCGGCCGCCGUGGCCCGCGGCUUCUGCAUCAUGUUCCCGCCCAUCUUCCUGCUGAAGCGCCUGCCCUACUGCGGCCACAACGUGAUGCCCCACACCUACUGCGAGCACAUGGGCAUCGCCCGCCUGGCCUGCGCCGACAUCAGGGCCAACGUGUGGUACGGGCUGACCACGGCGCUGCUCUCCUCGGGGCUGGACGUGGUGCUCAUCGCCGCCUCCUACGCGCUCAUCCUCAGGGCGGUGUUCCGCCUGCCGUCCCGCGAGGCGCGCCUCAAAACGCUCAGCACCUGCGGCUCCCACCUCUGCGUCAUCCUCAUGUUCUACGUGCCCGCCUUCUUCUCCUUCCUCACGCACCGCUUCGGCCGCCACGUCCCCAGCCAGGCGCACAUCCUGCUGGCCAACCUCUACGUCGUGGUGCCGCCCAUGCUGAACCCCAUCGUGUACGGGGCCAGGACCCGGCAGAUCCGGGAGCGCGUCACCCGCCUGCUGUGCCCCGCGGGCGCCGAGCGUCCCUGCCCCGGCCGGGGGGGCCGGUGCUGAGCAGGGGAGGGGACGUGGGACGGGGUCUGCCAAGCAGCACCGAGGCGGCAGCACUGCUUGGCCUGGAGGAGCUGCUUUGCACAAGGGCUUCCAGGGAAGCUGAAGGAGGUGGGAUUUCUGGGAACAUGGG